AUGAAGUGUAACAUUUUUCCCUUGGUUAGUGGAGAAGUAAGGCAUUUGGUCCUGGCGGAUGCUGAGCAUGAGGCGCCUGGCGUGCACUUGACGGUCGUCCCGGGGAUCGCGGGCGUGGACUCUUUGGACCCAGACAGCUUCUUUGGCUUGGCUGCAGAAGCCAGCUAUGUGUUCGCACCAGUUGUGCGAACGCUCGAGAAGCUGGGCUAUGUUGAGGGCGUCGAUUUGAUCGCUGCUCCGUACGACUGGCGUUUUGCUCCAUCCAUGAUGGAGAAGCGCGAAGGAUACUUUCAGAAAAUGGUUUCAAGCAUUGAAACCUUGGACAAGGAUGGUGCUGGGGUUAUUUUGCUGGCACACUCCAUGGGCAACAAGGUGGUGUCCUACUUCCUCGACUUUGCAGUAAAACAGAAAGGGUAG